AUGGCGAUUGACUUCAAGGAUGCGUGCUGCUGCUGGUCAAAGUUGUUAACCGGACGUGCGUGCAGAUUCUACAACGUGAUUUGCUGUCCCUUUGUGCUCUGUAUCUGGGCUACAAGCAUCUACUGCUGUGGAUGCAUUCGGGUCUACCUCAAUCGCGGCCUAUACAAGUUCUGCUGCUGUCUCUGCCGAGCCUUCAACUGCUGCUGGCUGUACACGGACAAGGAUUUCCCUCCAGAAGAUGCCUCGCUCGGAGAUGUGAAAGGGGACAGCGCAGCUGGUGACAGAGAAGAAGGCAAGAAAUUUGCUGGUCAAGCAAAGUGGAUCAGGGGCGGAAGAUUUCCAGUGCCCAAAGACAAGGAGGGACGACAGCGCCGCAUGCAGCUCUUCAGUGAGCAGGUGGACAGCAGGGAUAUUUGUCAAGGUGCUCUGGGAGACUGCUGGCUUCUGGCAGCGAUCGCUUGCUUAGCAGAGCACAAAGGGGCGAUUCAAGCUGUGUUCAGGACGAAGGAGGUAAACCCUCGUGGCAAGUACGUCCUUCGGCUAUUCGAUGGUGCAAAGGAGAAGUGGGAAAUCAUCAUUAUUGAUGACUACAUUCCAUGCAACAAGGCAAGUCACGAACGGGAUGGCACUUGCAAGCCUCUUUUUAGCAAGCCGAACAAGAACGAGCUGUAUGUGAUGCUCAUGGAGAAGGCCUUCGCCAAGUUCUGUGGCGGAUAUUCUGCUUUAGAGGGCGGCCAGACCAUCUGGGCCAUCCGCGCGAUGACAGGAGACCCAGCGCGGCUCUUCUACCGAAGCGAUGCUUGCGACAACUGGCAACGGAAGGACCUGAAAAACUUUGACGAUCCGCAUGACAAGCGCAAGUGUGGUUUGUAUGCGCGCGACGAGAAGAUCGACAAUGAGACCAUGUUUGAGAUCCUGCGCAAGUACCACAGCUUGGGCAGUAUACUAUCGGCUUCAGGAUCCAGUGGUGCUGAUGGCUUGGUGACGGGCCAUGCCUACAGCAUUCUCCAGGUGAGAAAAGUGAACGAUGGGUUCAUGGGCAUCGGAGGGAAGGAUUACAAGAUGAUUCAGAUCCGGAAUCCGUGGGGGGCAGGAGAGUGGAAAGGCGACUGGAGCGACAAGAGCAAGCUCUGGGAAGAGCAUACUGCGGUCAAGAAGCAGCUGGAGUUUGAGGAUGUUGACGAUGGCGCAUUUUGGAUGAGCUGGAGUGAUUUCAUCCAAAACUGGAGUAGGAUAGGGGUUGUGGAUCGCACCGUCGACAUCAACUCGCUCAGCCUGCACGUGAAGGAUGACUCCGCUUGCGCUCCAACGCUCGGAUGUUGUCGUGGAUGUUGGGCUCCAAGUUUGUGCUUUGACCCACGUCUAAACUGCAAAACAUUGGCGAUAUUAAGCAGUUUGUAG